ACAGUCACACUGCAGAUAUGGUCACACUUUGUGCUCAGUAAACUCAUUAAAAAAACACCGAAUCGCAAAAUGGAAAUGCAUCGUUUACCUCUACCAGAAUUGCGAGACGACAAACACAGACACAAACAGUGCAAUGGGAACGAAAACAGCAACCGAUUUCGACCGCCCAAGUCCAAGGGCCGCUUGUCGCAAGGCGGGUACGUGGCCGUGGAGAACAACAAUCUGAAUCGCAGCCAGUCGCUGGGAUCCUGCAGUGCCCACAACAGCUCCAUCGCCCAUGCGAUAUCGUUUCGGGGCGUGGAGUUUCCGGAUGCCAAUACACUGCCGGCAUCGCCGAAUGUCCAGCAGGAUGCCAGCAGCACAGAUUUCGGCGACCAGAGCCACUUCGAGCUGUGCUUCGAACGUCUGGCCAAGCUAGGCGAGGGAUCCUUCGGGGAAGUGUUCCAGGUGCGCGACCGGUCUGACGGCCGGCUGUACGCAGUGAAAAUCUCGAAGCAGCUGUUCCGCGGCGAGCAGUACCGGGCCGAGCGGCUGGAGGAGGUGCGCAGGUACGAGGAGUUCUCCGGCCACGAAAACUGCAUCCGAUUCAUUCGAGCCUGGGAGCAGUACGAUCGCCUGUACAUGCAGAUGGAGCUGUGCCGCGAGAGCCUAGAGCAGUAUCUGCUGCGGUGCCAGCAAAUUCCAGAGGAACGCAUCUGGCACAUCCUGUUGGACCUCCUGCGCGCUCUCAAGUCACUGCACGACCGGAAUCUCAUCCAUUUAGACAUUAAGCUGGACAAUGUGCUGAUCGGAGAGGACGACGAGACGUGCAAGCUGGCGGACUUUGGCCUCGUCAUCGAUGUGGACAGAGCCAACAGUCAGCAUGCCACUGAGGGCGAUUCUCGGUACAUGGCACCCGAGAUCCUGCAGGGCCAGUUCUCAAAGGCAGCGGAUGUCUUCAGUCUGGGCAUCGCCAUGCUGGAGCUGGCCUGCUACAUGGAGCUGCCCUCAAACGGACCGCUCUGGCAUGAGCUGCGUCGAGGCAUCCUGCCCGAGGAGUUCAUUGACAAAAUAUCCCAGGAGCUACAGUUGGUUAUCAAGUCCAUGAUGAUGCCGGAUCCAGCGGCUCGGCCAACCACAGACACACUGUUGUCCCACCCGAAGCUACAGAGAAUGCAGGAGAAUCGAAAGUCAUUGAUAACUGUCAGUAAUCUGUCGAGGAGCUUUCGCAAGUCACGUCGCGUGGUCUAUGGAAAAGUGUGCAAUUGGAAAUCGUUCGCCUACCGAUGUUUCUUUUAUCUCCUGGAGAUCUUGCAUCUGUAUAAGCCGAUCCCUCCCUUGCAACCCACCAUAACGCCAGCACCAUCCUCCCCAACCACAUUCCUAGCCGCAGUACCGCGUGUCGAGUUUCAGCUGGUUGGAUCCACGCCCAUAACCAAUCGAGAUUGCUAUGCCUCCGACUUUUUAACCGGCGACGAUGAACUGGAGCUAUCAAAUCAGGAAACGCCGCAUGUAAUAAAUUCCACGCCACUAAAUCACAACCAGGGCAAGUCCCGCCUAGACUCGUCCAGGAGAAGUUCACUGGGAAAAACCAUCCCAAUCUUGGAGCUUGACAGUCCCUAUUCAAAUGUUGCGUCGCUCAAUGUAUUUGAAACUUCUUCGUUUCGGCGCAAGAAACUAUUUGUGCUGGACUACGACGAUGAGUAAAGAUCGGAGGGAGGACGAUCGAUGAAAACGCAAUGAAUUUAUUAUACAAAAACAAUAUAUCAGUUCUCAAACGGUAAACCAGGUACAUAUGGCAACAUCGUAUAUCGUUAAAUAUAUUUAGUGUAGUUGUAGACUUUAGUGUUGUACGAAAAUCAAUAGAUUUAGGCAUACAGUUGUGUAAUGUUAAUGCUUCUUUAGAAGAACUUGUUGAACUUGAACAUAUAAUCAUGUGAUAUAUAUACAAAAUGCGAUUUGAAAAGUUACAAAUAAUAAACAGAAAAAAGCUGAA